CUUUUGUUUCUACCUUCCCCCAGCUUGCAGCAAUGAAGCUUCCUCGAAUCCUUCCGAGCAUUCUCAAUUUCCCAGAAAGAGAGAAAACAAGACAUGCAUAGGGUGUUUUAAAUCAUGAAGCUAGCGAUCAUCCGCAGAUCAUGAUCAGUACAGAUCGACGCGGGUAUGUACGUGAUGAAACUAGAUAAAAAGGGAUAGCAUGCAGCAGUUUUAGCCGCCACGUACCUACGUACGUACAUGCCCCAGGAUGGACAACACCUUCCAGCUGCUCGAUGAAGCCGGCCGUGUUGACUUCUUCCGGUUGAUAAUGCAGUCUAUUGGCCACUAUUCUUACAUUUGCCUUUGGUCAUAUUUUCGUCACCCAUAUAACUGUUUAUGCUUCCUGGAUGGAUUGUUUUACGAAGAGAACAAUCAGCCUAGCUCUUCUUCAGGAAGUAAAGCUCGGAGACUUUUUGACGAGUACCGGCAAGAAGCUUUUUUCGUCGAAACUGAACGCGUUCCAGGAAUUGCUUUCAAGAAUAGUCUUCCGUAUGUAGAAAUCCAAGAACUGGAGCUUCAGAAACUGGCAUCAACCGAAGCACAGCGACAAUUCUAUCAGGAAGCAAGGAUUAAGAAGGCAAUUUUUAUGGGGUGUAGGAGUGGAGAGAUUGAGAUAGGCUUUGCCAAUGUGUCUCAGGUUGACAUUGAGAAGGAAAUGAGGAGUUUGUUUCCACGGGAUUUCUCUCCACAAAUUUGUCCAAUUAGAGAGCCUUUUUGGCGUUCAGAUCAAAAUCCACCUUCAUCCUCUUCAUCAAUAUCCUUGAGAUCACCAUCAACGGAUAGCCCCGAGUACUCAUCCCUCCUGUUCAACAUUCCAAGCAAUGCCCACUUUCCAGAAACACCCAGUGAGGUUCCUUCAUUCUUUCAAAUACCAAUAACACCUAGUCCAUACCAAGAAGCCAUGCAAACAUUUGCGCGAGCCCGAAACAUUCCGUUCCUAACUCCAGAGAUUGAAAAUGCUGCAGUGGCAAAAGCCUUCCUCGCCGUUCUAUCUUCAAGUCCUUCGUCAUUAUCCCAUCAACCCCAGCAAAAUAAUUUGCCCUAUAAUCAUAGGGUAAUCUCAAAAUCUAGUGCCUUCAAGAGUUAUGUAUCCGCUUUAAGACCAACGACCCAGAUUAGAGCGAAUCUCGGCAGGCAAAGCAUGCUCAAAAGAUCAAUUGCAUUCGUUAGGAGCUUAAAUUCUCUGAGAGUUCAAGAUCAACGUUUGCAAGCAACCCGUCUCACAAGCACUCAGCUGCACCAUAUGAUUUCGGAGCGCAAGAGGCGUGAGAAACUCAAUGAAAGCUUUCAGGCAUUGAAAUCACUUCUUCCUUCAGGAACUAAGAAAGACAAAGCAUCGCUGCUUACUACAACAAGGGAGUACUUGAGUUCUUUGAAAGCCCAAAUUGCAGAGCUUACUCGAAGAAACCAGCUUUUGACGGCGCAGCUUUUGCCUGCCGAAGAAGCCAUUAAUGUAGAGGAAACUAGUUCCUCGAACGAAAGACUCGGCAUUCGGAUCAUUUCACACGUCUUGGAUUCAACCAUAGAAGAGCGCAUAGUUGAGUUGCGAGUGACUGUAAGAGGUGAAUGUCCAAUGGAGGAUAUUUUGAUUCGCAUUUUGGAAUUCCUUGAGCAGGUUGAGAACCUAAGCUUGGUUUCCAUGGAGAGCAGUACCGGCCAGAUGAUAGAAUUAAUCUCUUCUACUCGCAUAAACUUGACAUUAAGAAUUGAGGUGAACGAAUUAUGGGACGAGGCUGGCUUCCGGGAAGCAGUGAGAAGGGUUAUUGCUGACUUGGCACCAUGACAACCAUUGAUAAAUCCCUCUGUCCCACUCAGAUUUUUCUAUGCAACUACGUCCUCUUAAUCAAUUCGAUCGGCGGCGGGCGGUGUAUGAUGAUCAAUACCCAUCGUUUUCAAUGAUUGCUUGAAUUUCCAGCUAAUCGCAACCAUGAUUCAUCUCUGCAGCCAUCCAAUUUUGAGUUCCACUGAUAUGAAAUAGUCAAAUCAAAUUUCAAUUAGCAUAGUAAUGCGUCACUAGCACAUCAAUUUUUUAAGCCACCCAGCUUGUAUAAUCAAUAAUUUGAUCAACUCAUGAUGAUGUUGUACGAGUUAGAAAGUCCUCCCAAUUGGGACAUGAAUGAAGCUGAUCC